CCAACUGAGCUAUUUCGGCUUACGAAAUAUCUCCUUCAAUUUAUUUUUCUUUGGGAACCGUUACAUAUGUUUGCCACGAUGUUAUAUUAAUUAUACCUUGAAUUUCAUUAUUUAUCCUUUCUCUUUUCACAAUCAGUGUGCAUCUUCACCUUCAACAAUCACACGACAAGUAAAAACUAUUGAUUUAGAUUUGACAGAUAUCUAGAAAAUUUAGUGUUACGCGAACCAAAGUGAAAAAUGCGACGAGCUAUAAUAACUUGUAAUCAAGUGCAGACUGAGGUGAUGACAGAAGGCCGUUGGAUAGAGGAAAGUCCAUUACCUCAUUCCAGCAAGCAUAUAGUAUUAGUGCUUCCGGGAAAUCCGGGUGUUCCACGAUUCUAUGGGGAUUUCAUUAAAACGCUCAGUUUGAGGUUAAUAUCGGACGUACCCGUAUGGCUCAUCGGACACGCUGGACAUGUCCAACCACCAAAGAAUCUGGACAUUGCUAUGCCCAGCGACGAAAAAUGGACAGAAUGCUACGGUUUGACAGCACAGGUUCAACACAAGGUGGAAUUUAUAAAAAAGUAUGUUCCAGAGGAUGCUCACCUACAUCUUAUUGGACAUUCCAUUGGUGCCUGGAUGGUGCUCAAUUUAUUGAAAAACAAUGAUGUCAAUAAAAGAAUAAGAAAGUGUUAUCUUUUGUUUCCCACAAUAGAAAACAUGGCAGAUACUCCUAAUGGAAGAUUCUUCAAUAACUUUAUAUUACGUAUUGCACCAGCGUUGAUCUUUUUAUCUUGGAUAUUUACAACUGUGUUUCCAUCAUCUCUGCAAGCAUUAAUGAUACGUAUCUUUGGUCUAUUUUAUGGCUUUCAAGCUAAAUCUGUCAAGGCAAUUAAGGAAAUGCUAAAUCCAAAAGUCUUGCGCAGAGUAAUUUAUCUUGGAAGAGAUGAAAUGAAAUCUGUGAGAGAAGUUGAUCAUGAAAUCAUGUCAAAACAUGCUGACAAACUUUGGUUUUAUUAUGGUGCUACUGAUGGCUGGACUCCAAAGAAAUUCUAUGAAAAUAUGAUAUCUAAACACCCUAAUUUAAAUGCUCAAUUAUGUCAACAUGGUUUUCAACAUGCCUUUGUGCUAAAAGAUGAUGUAGCUAUAGGACACAUUGUUGGCGAUCUCAUCAACGAAGAUACGAAAUAUUGAUGUUGCAUUUCAAGUAUUAACGCUAUAUUCUUUUGUUGCAUUUAAUUUUAUAUAUAUAUAGUAUAUAUACACAAGAUUUCUAUAUUUUUGCAUAAACAAUUUAGAUAAAAUUUAAUAAUGCUAUAUUCUUUACUAAGUUAUAUUGUCAUAAAAAUAACAAUUUAAAACUAUUACUUAACAAUAUAAAAAUAAUAAUGAAUGACAG